AUGCGCGGCAUUGCCGCGCACCCGCCCGCCGCCGCGCUUGGCGUGGCUCCGCGGGCGCCUCACGUGGAGCCGCCGCCAUGAAGUUCGCGUACCGGUUCUCCGGCCUGCUGGGUACCGUGUACCGCCGCGGGAACCUCAGCUUCACCCGCGAUGGCAGCGCCCUCGUCAGCCCCGUCGGGAACAGGAUCUCCGUCUUCGACCUCAAGAAUAAUAAGUGUGAGACAUUCCCAUUGGCUACACGGCUUAAUAUUGUGUGUGUGGGGCUCUCUCCAGAUGGAACUCUUGCCAUUCUAAUUGAUGAAGAGGGAGCUGCCUUGCUUGUCAGUUUGAUCGGGAAAUGUGUGAUACAUCGCUUUUAUUUUCACAAGCCAGUUCACAGUGUCAGCUUUUCCCCUGAUGGCAAGAAAUUUGUGAUUACAAAAGACAAUGUUGCUCUUAUGUACCAUGCUCCUGGGAGGACACGAGAAUUUAAUGCGUUUGUUCUGGACAAAACUUACUAUGGUCCAUAUGAUGAAACAACUUGUAUUGACUGGACUGAUGAUUCCAAAUGUUUUGCAGUAGGGAGCAAGGACAUGUCUACAUGGGUGUUUGGAGCAGAACGAUGGGCAAACUUGAUCUACUACUCGCUUGGAGGGCAUAAGGAUAUAAUAGUAGCCUGCUUUUUUGAAGAGAACAGUCUAGAUCUGUACACAAUUAGCCAGGAUGCAGCUCUCUGUGUGUGGCAGUGUGAUACGGAGCUUGAUGGUUUGAAGCCCAUGCCCCCUAAAGAUGCAGCUAGGGAGAAGAAUGCAGCAAAAAAUGAUGAAGAAUUUCUUGAAGAGCCGAAGGGUGAAGAAAUUCAUGGAAAAGCCAAUCCAAAUGAGCGUGAGACUAGAGAUAAGGUUAAAUAUUCACGUGUUGCAAAGUAUUUUUUCAAUAAAGAGGGAGAUUUUAAUAACCUGACAUCUGCAGCCUAUCACAAGAAAACACACCUUUUAGUCACUGGCUUUGCCUCUGGAAUCUUUCACCUCCAUGAGCUUCCAGAUUUCAACCUGAUCCACUCCUUGAGUAUUUCAGACCAAAGGAUAGCUUCUAUUUCUAUCAACUGUACUGGUGACUGGAUUGCCUUUGGUUGUUCAGGUUUGGGUCAGCUCCUGGUGUGGGAAUGGCAAAGUGAGUCCUACGUGCUGAAGCAGCAAGGACAUUUCAACAGCAUGGUUUCAUUAGCAUAUUCUCCAGAUGGACAAUACAUAGUAACUGGAGGGCAGGAUGGGAAAGUGAAAGUGUGGAACACUUCAAGCAGCUUUUGUUUUGUCACUUUUACAGAACAUACCAGUGGUGUAACUGCUGUAACUUUUACUUCCAAUGGUUAUGUCAUUUUGAGUGCUUCCCUAGAUGGAACAGUGCGUGCCUUUGAUCUACACAGAUACCGCAAUUUCCGUACCUUUACAUCUCCACGACCAAGUCAGUUCUCUUGUUUAGCUGUGGACUGCAGUGGCGAGAUUGUGUCAGCUGGUUCUCAGGAUUCCUUUGAAAUAUUCAUCUGGUCAAUGCAGAGUGGGAGGCUGCUAGAUGUCUUAUCAGGUCAUGAGGGCCCCAUCAGCAGUUUGUCCUUUAACCCAAUGAAGUGUGUUCUAGCUAGUGGUUCUUGGGAUAAAACUGUCAAGUUAUGGGAUAUGUUAGACAGCUGGAGAACUAAGGAGACACUAAUACUGAACUCAGAUGUUCUUGUUGUUGCUUUCCGUCCUGAUGGCAAGGAGCUUGCAGUUGCUGCUUUAAAUGGACAGAUAACAUUUUGGGAUCAUGAAAAUGCAGUGCAAACUGGCUCAAUUGAGGGAAGGCAUGAUCUUCAGAUGGGAAGGAAGGAGCUUGAUAAAAUAACUGCCAAACAAGCAGCCAAGGGAAAAUCUUUUACUACUCUGUGUUACUCAGCAGAUGGUCAGUCUAUUCUGGCAGGUGGAUUGUCAAAAUUUGUCUGUAUAUAUAAUGUCAAGGAACAGAUUCUUAUGAAAAAAUUUGAAAUCUCAUGCAACUUUUCUUUAGAUGCAAUGGAGGAGUACUUAGAUCGUAGAAAAAUGACUGAAUUUGGCAGCAUGGCUCUGAUUGAUGAAGGGGCUGGAGGUGAAGAUGGUGUUGCCAUUCCUCUUCCUGGAGUAAAAACAGGUGACAUGAGUUUUCGACACUUUAAACCAGAAAUAAGAGUGACUUGCCUGCGAUUCUCUCCUACAGGACGAAGUUGGGCAGCCACCACCACAGAGGGUCUUCUUAUCUAUUCACUGGACUCAGGGCUAAUUUUUGAUCCUUUUGAGCUGGAUAUUGAUGUCACACCCAGCAAUAUACGCAAAACACUGCAUCAGAAGGAGUAUACUAUGGCUAUCAUCAUGGCCUUCAAGCUGAAUGAAAAGAAAUUAAUUCAGGAGGUCAUAGAGGCUGUACCUAGCAAUGAAGUUGAUGUUGUCUGCUCAUCACUCCCAGACCUGUAUGUGGAGAAAGUAUUGGAGUUCCUGGCCUCUGCAUUUGAGAUAUCUUGUCAUUUAGAGUUCUAUCUUAUUUGGGCUCAUAAGUUGCUCAUGCUGCAUGGACAGAAACUGAAAACAAGGUCAGUGAAGCUGCUCCCUGUGAUACAGUUCCUUCAGAAAAGCAUCCAACGACAUUUUGAAGAUGUUUCAAAACUCUGUGAAUGGAAUAUUUACAAUAUUAAAUACGCAUUGGCCAUUUCGCAACAGCGGGGCAUGAAACGUCUGGCAGAAGAAACAUCAGUAGAUGAAGACGACUUGGAUUCUGACAGUGAUUAUCUUAUGCAAGAAGUUCAUAAAGACAGUUUUAGUUCCUAGUUACUCUUCGUGAGAGGGAGAAAAUCUAAGACAGUAAUUUUAUGCAGUGGUAUUCACUGAGAAUGAGUGGCCCUCAUAGUGGCAUAACUGAGCUCUUCUUAACAGUGUGGAUGGAGUUGCAUGUGAGGUAGCAGGGGAAAUGUAGGAUAGACAUAGUGCCAUCCGUGGCAUAUCUGGUGUACCCUUUGGCCGUAACAACUUGACAGCAUUGAUUUCUUAAGUGAUUUUUUUUUUUUUUUUUUUAUUAUACCUGAUUUCAAGUAAGAAAAAAAAAUGUAUUCUUAUAUUGGUGAAGUUAAAAGUAUGACUGGAAGAAGUGCGUUCUUUAUUAAAAAUGCAUUGUACAUAGAUUAAGUAUUGUGAGUUUUGUAAUGCAAAAUGUCUUGUCAUACUUUGGACUCUUUUUUAUCCUUUUUUAAAAUCAUUCUUAAUUGGAGGUCUGUAUAUUGCUCUCAACUUGUUUUAAAUUUUGUUUUACUUUACUUUAAUACGUAUGCAUUACUGGAACACUUUUCUUAGUUCUCUAACUUCCAAACCUGAUGAUGUUUCAAUAACGAGGAUAAAUUAUAUACCCAUAGCAAUGAAUAUGGGAGAAAAUUUACUGGGCUGUACAACUUUUGCAGAGGUUUAAUUAAUAAUCUUGAGAUACUGUAGUAAAAAUUUGUUUGGAAAUUACCAACUCAAUAAUGUAACUAAAACCGUAAGAGAACAUGUUACAAAUGUUUCUUUUUCUAAUGAAAGCCCUUUCUUGUCUUGUUUUUUUUAAAAUGUUAUUAACAUACUAAAAUCUGAAACUUUUUAUUUCCUUGGUUUUUGUGAAUUGGCUAAUAACGACAGUGAGGUCCUGAAUGCAAAGAAUUAUAUCCAUGCUUACAGUACUUUCAAGCCACAUGUUGAAAGGGCUUUGUUAGUGAAGAUACUGCAAAUAUUAACGAUGAGCCAGAAUUGAUUAUUUUUUAGCAUAUUCUGUUCUGGAUUUGGUUUCUGGUCAGUACCCAUUCUUGGAAUAGAGGAGAGGUAUGAAUAUUAAAAACUGUUGAAGAAAAAAGUAAGUCCAAAAUAUACAGCAAACGUGGACAGUCAGUUUGUAGAAUUCCAGUGGAUAAAAUAAAGAUGCACUUGCUACUUAAAUGUA